AUGGGCCGGAGCAAAGCCCCUGUCGGAGAGACGAGUACGGUGGCGCAACCAUCGACGGUGCAGCAUGUGGUGCCGAUGGAUAACGAAGGACAAGGUGAGUCAAAUAGGCACAGGAGCAAUCGAGAACGACUUGUCGACUUGGAGGCACACCUUACUCGACUCGACAAGAAAGUAGCAAAGGUGGCCGCGCAUGAGGAGCGGGUCACCAUGCUGGAGCCCGACAAUGAGGAGUCGAAGGUCACGUUCACGACGAUGUACCUUGACGAGGAUGCUAAAUUGUGGUGGAGGACCCGUUAUGAGGACAUUCAAGAAGGUCGCUAUACCAUCAACACUUGGAAGGACCUAAAGAAGGAGUUAAAGGCUCAGUUCCUUCCCGAAAAUGUCAAGUUUAUCGCAGAAUUGCGUCGCCAAAAUAUCAAGGACUUAACCGCGGCCCAGGGGGCGGCUAAGCGGUUGACCGACUACUCGACGCCGGAACACCCCAAGAAGAAACCCGUGAGCAGCAAUCCUAAGACCCACAACCACAAGAUCGUGCCCUCAGAAGAAGUCCCUCAAUGCGGUGCAGACAAAGACCUCGAAUCCGACGAAGAGGAAGAGGCAGCGGAGACAGAAAGCAUCCGGAUGGGGGCACUCCGGUUGCUCAAUGCUCUUAAGGGUCAAGUGGGGGAGAAAGAGAAGACCCCACUACCGAAGGCGAAAUCCCCCUCACCAAAGAAGAGUAAGCAUAGUGAGCUGAUGUACGUGGACAUCAAGCUCAACGGCAAGACAACUAGGGUGAUGGUGGAUACAGGUGCCACUCACAACUUCAUUGCGACUGGUGAAGUUGAACGCCUUGGACUGACACUGAGGAUGGAUGGGAGUCGCAUGAAAGCAGUAAACUCAAAGGCCCAACCUAUUGCGGGUCUUGCGAAGGAGGUGCCUAUUAGCAUCGGCUCAUGGACGGGUAAAGCCAAUUUCAUGUCAGUGCCGCUGGAUGAUUUCCAUGUUAUCCUCGGGAUGGAGUUUCUCCAGAUGUCUAGAGGGGUACCCAUGCCAUUAUUGGAUACCCUCUGCAUGAUGGGAGAUGAAUCUCCAUGUGUCGUUUCGGUGGUGCGGAAGACAACGGAUGCCCAACCGAUUUCAGCGCUCCAGCUCAAGAAGGGGGUAAAGAGGGGCGAGUUGACUUAUGUGGCGGCUUUGAAGUUAGAGACUGGGAGUGGGGACGAGACUCCGACGCCACCUGAAGUGGCGAAGCUCUUGAAGGAAUUCAAGGAUGUCAUGCCCCCAGAACUGUCGAAAUCUUUGCCUCCCCGACGAGCAGUAGACCUUCGGAUUGAGCUCGAGCCUGGCAUGAGGGCCCCGGCUCACUCUCCCUAUCAUAUGUCUCCUCCGGAGUUGGCGAAACUUCGGAAGCAACUAGAUGAGCUACUUAAAGGCGGUCUUAUUCACAGCUCGAAAGCAUCGUUCGGAGCCCCUGUACUUUUCCAGAAGAAGCAUGAUGGCAGCCUGCGGCUAUGCGUGGAUUAUCGAGCUCUGAACAAGGUGACCAUCAAAAACAACUACCCAAUACCACUCAUUACGGACUUGUUUGAUCAAUUGGGGAAGGCGCGGUACUUCUCCAAACUGGACUUGCGAUCGGGUUACUGGCAGGUCCGGAUCGCGGAAGGUGAUGAAGCGAAGACAACAUCCAUCACAAGGUAUGGGGCGUUUGAAUUCUUGUUAAUGCCGUUUGGUCUUACGAAUGCCCCAGCUACGUUCUGCACCCUGAUGAACCAACUGUUUCACGACUAUCUGGACAAGUUUGUGGUGAUCUAUCUGGAUGACAUUAUCAUGUACAGUAAAACGUUGGAGAAACAUGUUGAACACCUCUGCAUUGUCUUCCGAACAUUAAAGGAGACUCCCUCUAUGUGA